UCUGCUUCCUUUCUCUGGUCCCCUUUCUCUUGGGCUUUUUACAGCGCACCCUUGUGAUCGUGGAUGCAAAACUAGCGGGUCGAUUUUUCGUGCAUCAACAGAUAUCCAACUGUGCUGUCAGCAUUCUCAGCUGACGAAUAAGAAGAUAAUAAUAUACAUCGAAAAUGUCGUUCGGUGAAAAAAUAGCAUCGAUCAUGCAAAAGCCUGGACAGGACCCUGUUGCCAAGGAUGAUGUACCUUGGUGGAUGAAAUACGCAGGUCGUGGGCUUGGUACCGUAGGCAGUAUAAUUGCAAUAUUUCUCGGAGCUUGGAACUGUGCAUCUAUACUUUUUGGUCAUAUUGACUGUUUAAUCAGCGGCAUGUGGCAAAUGAUAGCUGGUUUCUUGGUCGUGAUGAUUGAAGCACCUUGCUGCUGUUUGUUCAUCGACUUUGUACAGAAUUUAAGUGACUGGGUAGAGAAAAAGCCAUAUUGGAAUAGAGCAGCUGCUUAUUGUCUAAUAGCAUUACCAGCAGUCUUCCUAUGUCCAGGGAUGAGUAGUAUAUUUGGUAGCGGAUUAAUAUUUACAACGGGUAUAAUAUAUGGAUUGAUGUCCCUUGGUAAAAAAGGGUCUAGGCCCGACCCGGCAGGCAUGACGUCGUCGGGCGUGGGUUCUCCACAGGGUACAGUGCCUCCUACCACAGAUCACCAUACCACUCUCAUGGAGGAUCCCGACGUCUGGAGGCCUACAUAAAUCAUCAAACACUCAUUGCACCACUUCACUAACCAGGGCACCUUUUGGCGAAAUGAGAACAACGGCAAUGGAUACUCAAGCUCAGUCGUCGAGCAUGCGGUCCACACUAGUUGAAAAUACUCAGCCAAUCGGUCUUAGCAGUACCCCAGGUAGUAUCGUUUGAUCGUUAGGAAUUAAUUGAACGAGCGAUCUAAUAUUUUGUGCGAAUGACGUUGAGUGCUAAUCGGUUUAAAUGAUCAGUAGCUGAGCCCACGAACAUGCUUCGUUUCAUUUUAGCUAUGACAUUGACGCGUAUCGUAAUUCUAAUGUAUCACAAUAGUAAUUUCACGAGAGGUGUAUCGAAUCUUUGGGACAGUGACAAAUAGAAAUCCUAUUAUCGAUAUAUAGAUUUAAACAUGAUGUGAUUUAGAGAGAAAUUCUCGGUAUACUGUGAAUGCUGAAUACCUGAAUACCUAAGCUUUUUAGUUUUGCUUUCUACUUUCUUUUGUACAAUGUUCCAGUUGAUUGAUAAAAGUUACAUGUGUUUGUUAUACUUUGCGAUUAUGUACCAAAUGUGUAUAGAGAGAGAGAGGGUGAAAGAGAGGGAGAAAACAAUGAAAAAGGAUAUAUUAUGAACAGACAGUAUAUAGGGAAAUUUAUUACUUUGUUUAAAAUAAUGCCAAAGUCAAAGACUGUCAUAGAAAAUGAUGUUGUUCAUGGGCCUAGUUAUUCAUGGCCCUUUUUGUCCACAGUAUAUCGUAAGAUAUACCGUUCUCAACAAACGGAACAACAACAAAAUUAUAAAUCGUAAUUUGACUCAUUUUGAUGUAAUGACGGAACGUUUCAUUCUGAAUAUGAUUGUUUUCUCUUGCGAAUCAGUUAAAUACGUUUACUUAACACUUGUAAAUGAAUCGGAUAGUCUUGAACAUCUGCGAACAUUUCGCAUCUAAAUUAUAGAACAAAUCGUACAUUUAGAAUGUCUUGAAAGUAGGGAAGUUUUGUAAUCUUUUUAUCAUGUAUCAUGUUACUUCCAUACAUAUAGACAAGUUUCUCUCUGCCAAAUAAACUAUAUGCGUAAAAUUUAAAUGUGUUUCGAAAUAGUAUUUUAUGUGUACACAUUUAAAUAAUAUUACAGAUUGCAUUGUAUAAGAUUUAUUAUAUGUGUGCGUACAUACGUAAGUAAGUGUGCGUGCGUGCGUGCGCGCGUGUGUGUAUGUAUGCAUGUGUGGUGCGCGCGUAAAUAUGUAGCGCAUAAAGCGCUACAAAUUUAAUUACAUUAUUACAUGUUGGCAAUGUAAUAAAAUCACGUAAUAUAUAUGCAGUGUAAAUUAUUUGUUUCAAUUAUUGGCUGUUUGUUUUUGACGAUUCAACAAUUUGGAUACUCUGACGUUAUGUUCUUCUAAAAUCUAAAUACUUUAUGUUAUCUUAUACCUUAAAGUUAAGAUAAAACAAAAUAAUAUAGCAUUUCCUAAAUGCGCUUCUGUCAAAGAUAGACACUACGCGUGCACCCAUAGAUGACUUGUUUGCGUGCGAUAUGGCAGAGAGAUUUAAUGAUUUUUUCUAUUGGCACAUUCUUACAUAUCAAAGGUUCAUAUCACAUGUAUCUCAUAUGUAUAUUUAAUUUAAAUAAUAUGUUUUUUUGCUAGUAAGAUUCUUUUCGCGAAAAUAUUGAGAUACUGUUGGUAGUUCGUGCGUUAACAAAUGACAGGUUUGUGUUUCUUUAAGAAAAAUUGGCUGGAUAUCAUUUCUCUAAUAUUUAUGAUUUCUUACAGAAGAUACUUUGCGGCAAAUGAAAGACUUUAAAGACAAGAAAUCUUGCUUAAGUAAUGUAUGUACACUUGAAAGCAAACUAUUAAAAUGUCUUAUAGAUAUACUUGCAGCUAUGAAGACUAUAAACUGUAUAUUUAAUCAUUUUUGAGACAGAAAGAAGGUGUCUCUGGAUCUAUGUUCUAAUUCUUAACGAUACAUGUAUAAAGAAUCUUUUGUUUCAGGUCAAAAAUGGAAAACGCCCAGUCAGAGUUUUCAUCUUUCCUUAAAGAUAAAACUUUCUUUAGAUAAAAUUCAAUUUACUCAAGGGAUAUUUGGAUAAAGCAUUUACUUGUGAUUACAUUAUUUCCUGUAUAUAUGAGCACAUGUAUUGUCAGGUGCCUAACAUACACACAUACAUGCGCGCGUACGAAAAAAAUUGUUAAUUCUUUAUUUAAAUGAUGAAAAUGUUGACACUUUGGAAGUAUAUCCACUCAAAUAUUAGAAAUAUUGGAAAUUGUGGACAAAGCUUGUAUGGCACUCGGUUGCUCAUGUAUAAAUAUUAGAUUUGUAUUGUUCCGUUAGUAUUAUGCUCUUUGAAUUAUUGAUAUUGAAUGUGCCAAGAGUGCUUCUUAAUCGAUCAUCAUGAUUCCCUGAGCAUUUGUUCCAUUUUUUUCCGUUUUAUUUCGUCUUAGAUUUAAAUCUGUGCUCCAAAUCAUCUUCUUCCUACACAUUCCUAUAUCUUGAUUAAUUUAUUUAAGAGGUAAAGACUAUAUAGGAUGCCCAUUAUAUCAUCCAACUUUUACUUGAUCUUCGUGAAACGUUCUUGUGUCACGA